GUGCUGCGAGAGCUCCGGAGACCGCCGGGACGCCUAAAAGCGCAAAAAAGGAGCUGCUAAAAAAUGCUAAAACGCAACUGCGGGUGUCGAAACGACGCCGCUGCGCUCGCUACGGACAAACCAGUCGUCUCACAGCGGCACCACACCGCAGCGGUCGCGAUCUAGCCGCAAAGCGGGCCGAAAUCGCCGGCACAGCGGCUGAGAACGACGCAACAGCGGCCCGAACAUUCAGCGCCUCUAAAACGCACCGUUGGGCCGCACGGACGUACAAGACGCAACCCAAAGCGCUGCCGCAGCGCGCACACCCCACCAGUAACAAAAAAUGGCCGGCGACCCGCUCGCCGCGCGCCUAGCCGAAAUCGCGGUCGCGCCGGACGCCGAGAGGCACCGCCUCCGCCAGCGCUGCGUCGAAACGUUCGCGGCCGACGCGCGUUAUAGGGGAGACGAGCGCUUCGCCCGCGUCUGGCUCGCGCUCGCGGCCGCGAGCCCCGACCCCGGCGCCGUCUUUGACGCGAUGGCGCGGCAUCGAGUGGGAGAGAGCCUCGCGCUCGUCUGGGUCGCGCGGGCCUUCGUGGCCGAGAAGGCGAAGAAAUUUGCGGAGGCGGACGCGCUGUUCGCGCGCGGGCUGGAGAUGAAGGCAGCUCCACAGGAUUUAUUAGUGAAGCGGCGGCGCGAGUUCGAACGGCGCAUGCGGCGCCACUGGCUCAACCAGCAACAGGCGCCUCCGGAGCCGCCGACGCCGCCGCGUGUUGUUGAUGAGGAUGCUACGGCCACUGCAACUCAAGUCCUCGCGCUGCACAAGGCCACAGCACAACCGUUCGCCAUCUUCGACGAGGCGCCGGCGCCGGCCUCAUCGUUCGCCAUCUUUGAUGAUGACGCGGGCGGCGUCGCCGACGAGCAGGCCGCGGCGGCCGGUGGCGACCGUGCGGUAGCGGCGCCCGCGGCGCUCGCGGCCCGCUUCGACGCCGAGGCGAGGCCCACGCCCGUCAUCUUCGAGGACGCGCCGGCGGCGCCGAAGCCGACGCCGGGGGGCUUCCGCAUCUUCGAGGACAAUAGUGAUGCCCCGCCGAAGCCGACGCCCGCACUCCGCGGGCCGCGCGUCGCCAUCUUCGAGGACGCGGCCGCCGCGCCCGCCGAGGCCGCCCCGCGGGGCCGCGUGGCCUUCGCAGUCGAAGAAGAGAUCAGCUUCGAGGAGCGGCGCGCGCGCGUCGGGCCCCAGGACCGAAUCGCUGCGAUCCAGGCUCCCAAGACGGCGCGGCGGGCCUUCGGCGAGCUCCAGGCGGUCGAUGAAUCGAUGGUGAUGACGAAUAUGAAGCCAAAAAGGUUGCUCUUCUCGACGGCGUCGAAGCGGGCGCCUCAAACAUUAAGAAGGGCGGAGAAGGAGGACCUCACGAUCAACUCGGCGAUCGCGCUCCGCGAGAUGGACUCGCUCUUCGGCUCGCCGGCUUCGAAGCCGCCCGAGACUUGUAGAAGGGCGAUCUUCCGGGACGAAUAAGAAGUUA